AUGUAUUUAACUGCCAAAUCAAAAGAUAAUUUUUAUCCAUAAAGCUCUGAAGAAUAACGUGAGUUGAACCAAUAAUUAAGAUAUGCAAUAGAAGAUAAUUAAAUGUUGAAAGCUAAAAUAAGAAGUUUAGAAUAAGAUAUUGAAGUAAUUAAGGAAAAUGAGAUUAAGAAUAUUAAACAUUAUGAGAAAAGAGAAGAUGAUUUUAUGAAAUUAAUAAAAUAAGAAUAGGAAAGAAAUAAAAAAUUAUAUGAAGAAUUAGAAUAUCUAACAAGAGAAUUAAGAAAUAGAGAUGAUUAAGUAAAUUAAUUGGAAGAAAAUAUAAGAACUUUAAAUACUGUUGUAGAAGAUUAAUAAAAUAGAAUUGAAGAAGAGAAAAAUAGAAAUAAAGAGAUUUAAGAUUAAGUAUAAGUAAAAGUUAAGAAAAAUGAUGAUAUUUUGAAAGAUUUAGCAUAAUUAGAAAAUAAAUAUUCAAAAUUUAGAACUAAAUUAGAAACUGAAAAUAGUCAUUUGAAAUAAGAAUUAGAGAAAUUAUAAAAUAAAUACAAGAAUAAAUUACAAUAAUAUAAGAAAGAUAUUAAAUAACUAUAGCAAGAUAAUAAUUAAUAGAAAUUGGAAAAAUUAAAAUUAGAAGCUGAUAAUGAUCAAUUAUAUAAUUUAUCAAAGUAAUUUGAAAGUCAAUUAGGAAAGAUAUUACCUGAAAUGCCAGUGAUGGAAAAAUAAAAGUAAUAUAUAAAAUAAUAGUAAUAGUUCAAAUGUUUCUAAUGAAUUAGAAAGAAUGAAGAUUAAUAAUAUUUAAUUGAAUGAAUAAUUAUAAUAAGCAGACUAUGAAGUAAAUUCAAUCUAAUUUAUAGAUAUCUUAAUUGUAAUAGUAACUUUAAGCAGCAAUUCAACAUUUAGAUAGAACAAAUUAAGAUUUACAAUAUUUUUAAUAAGAAAAUUAAAGAUUAAAAUAAUUGAUAGAUGACAGUAAGGUUGAAUAAAAAUAAAAUGAGUAUAUGAUUGAAAAAAUGGUUGAAUUAUCAGAAAAAUAGAUGGAUGAUCUUGAAUAAAAAUUUAAUAAAGUUUAAGCUCAAGUUAAUUCUUUAUAACAUGAAAAAAGAUCAUUAUUAACAGAAUGCAAUAAUCUUAAAAUGACAAUAGAUUAAUUAGAAAAUAAUGAAGUUGAUUGGUAAAAAAAAGUUAAUAGAUUAAAAAAAGAUAAUAAAGAAUUGACUAGAUAAUUAUCUUAAUUAGAUUAAAAUAUGAGAGAAAUGAUUGUUGAAAAACAUUCUGAAUUGAAGAAAUAAAAUAAUAAUAUAUCAUUAAGAUAAAGUAGAUUUAGUUAAAAGCUUAAUAGUUAAAAUUAAUCUUAUCGAUCUAUAAGAACUAAUAAUAUUUUAAUGAGUGGAACAAAAGAUUUAGAUGAUGAUGAUGAUGAAGAUGAUGAUUUAGAAGAAAUCUGA